AUUCUGACCGCUAAGGCAUGUCCAUUACUAACGUCGAUGUUCAUAACCAUGUUUUAUCCAUAGAUGAUUCGAUGGUUUUGUCCAACAUAUUGAAAUAUAUAUAGUUUAAAGUUGGUUUCUCAAAUUCAUUUAGAGGUUACCGAGGUUUAUUAGCAUUUUAUUAGUUUAGAUUUAGAAUAAAUACAAAGUUGAUUUAUAAGGCGUUUUUAAUAAAAAAUGCGUGAAAGUAAUGGAAGCCCUUCUUUAAAAAAAGCAAAGCUGGAAAAUGAUAACAUUAUAGAAAAUAAUAUUAAGCUAGAACCAGUAGAAACAAAUACAAAAGUACGCCUUUGUCCUUAUUUGGAUACCAUUAAUAGGCAGUAUUUAGAUUUUGAUUUUGAAAAACUGUGCUCAGUAUCAUUAUCACGAAUAAAUGUUUAUGCAUGCCUUGUAUGUGGGAAAUACUUCCAAGGAAGAGGCACAGUCAAUUUGUACCAGUUAUUAACAAAAUUCAACGGUCAAAGUGAAAAGGAGUAUAAAACAUACAAAGAAAACUUUAUGAAAAAGUUUGAAAUACAACAGUUGCCUCCUUAUUUAAUAUUAUACAUAAAAAGAUUUACUAAAAAUACAUUUUUCAUUGAAAAAAAUCCUACAAUUGUCAAUUUUCCGGUAAAGAAUGUUGAUUUUGGGGAAUUUCUCACGGCAGAAGUUAAAUCCAGACAUAAAAAUACGAUUUACGAUUUAGUUGCCAAUAUUGUCCAUGAUGGUGAACCUGGUAAAGGGACCUAUAGAGUUCAUAUCUUGCAAAAAUCUACCGGAAAAUGGUAUGAGAUGCAAGAUUUACACGUAACUGAUAUCCUACCUCAAAUGAUAACUUUGACAGAAGCUUAUAUACAAAUAUAUGAACUGAGAAAAUCAUAGUAAGCAUGUAUCAACUAAAUAAUUUGUAAAUAAAUGAAACUUCAAGGAUACCUAUUUUCUUUAAA